CCCGCAGCAUGGGGCUCGCCUCCUUCGCAGGGCUCCUGCCACAGCCCCGCUCCCGGCCGUGCCAGGAGCGAUAGCCAGCUCCAGAGUGAGAGCUAGGAGCGCAGUCAGUGAAUAAAUGGUAGGGAUAAGGCUCAGCCGGCCCCUCCGCGCAGCGCUGAGCGCCGGGGGAGGCGGUCUGCGAACGCCAGCCAGCUCCCACUCCCUGUCUUUGCAACUCUAGGUCGCCUCCUAAUUUAAAGCUUUGCACCAAUCCCCUUUGCCCGGAAAGGAGAGGAAAUCUAGAAAGAUGCCAGGCUGCGAAAAGGGACCCCAAUCCACAGCGCCGGUCCCAGGCGCUGCCUGGCUGAGCGGAGCCAAAGUUGCUCAGAGGAACGGGAAGCGGGUGCUCCGGAGGAGAGGGGAAAGGGAGGCGAUCAUCGCUUGGUGAUCACAGCCUCUCCGUCCCGUUGUCCCCCUCUUCUCCUUCCCUCACAGCUUACCUCUGACCACUUAGGAGGCCUUGAUGAGUUUCCAUCGGGAUCCGAUCCAAGGUGGGGGGGAGAAAGGGUGAUUGUUCCAGAGGAAGCAGCUCACACAAGUUUGGGGGGUGACACUCCCCGGUGGAUGUUUAACGAGCACAUCGGGAGGCCCGCGAUGCCCGGGGGCAGCUGGAGACCCUCAGCAGGACCUAUCCUCGUUGCACGGUAGAGAAUUUUGCUGGAGGAGAAUCAACAGAGCAACGGGCUCAAUUACAUCCGAGUUUCCUGUGUAAGACCUGUCAAGCAACUCCUAUCAUCACGUCUGUAAGUGAGUAGGUCCAGUGGAAACACUUGUUGGCUCGCUCUUCACUGGCUUGUGGGACAGCACUUUGUACCUGGCAAUGGAUCAGAAGGACUGAAGAGUGGUUUUGCUCCCACCAAUGUUUCUUAGCACUGCUACAACAGGACCAAUGAAGAUGUUCACCAGACUCCAAGUCCUGGCGCUAGCUUUAUUUUCCAAAGGAGUUUUCCUUUCCCUAAGUGACCACAGCUUUGUCAGAAAGGAAAUUAAGAUAGAAGGAGACCUGGUCUUAGGAGGCUUAUUCCCAGUCAAGGAAAAAGGCACUGGGAUAGAAGAAUGUGGAAGAAUCAAUGAAGACCGAGGCAUCCAGCGCUUGGAAGCCAUGCUGUUUGCUAUUGAUGAAAUCAACAAAGACAACUACUUGCUGCCGGGAAUAAAGCUUGGAGUUCACAUCUUGGACACGUGUUCCAGGGAUACAUAUGCCUUAGAACAGUCUUUGGAGUUUGUCAGGGCAUCUUUGACUAAAGUGGAUGAAACAGAGUACAUGUGCCCUGACGGCUCGUACGCCAUCCAAGAGAAUUUGCCACUGCUCAUUGCAGGAGUCAUAGGUGGUUCCUACAGCAGCGUCUCCAUACAGGUGGCAAAUUUGCUCAGGCUCUUCCAGAUCCCCCAGAUAAGCUACGCCUCCACCAGCGCCAAGCUGAGCGACAAAUCCCGCUACGACUAUUUCGCGCGGACGGUGCCCCCGGACUUCUACCAGGCGAAAGCCAUGGCCGAGAUCUUGCGGUAUUUCAACUGGACCUACGUGUCCACCGUGGCCUCCGAGGGCGACUACGGGGAGACGGGCAUCGAGGCCUUCGAGCAGGAGGCCCGCCUGCGCAACAUCUGCAUCGCCACCUCCGAGAAGGUGGGGCGCUCCAACAUCAGGAAGUCCUACGACGGCGUGAUCAGGGAGCUGCUGCAGAAGCCCAACGCCAGGGUGGUGGUGCUGUUCAUGCGCGGCGACGACUCCCGCGAGCUCAUCGCGGCCGCCAACCGCUUCAACGUGUCCUUCACCUGGAUCGCCAGCGACGGCUGGGGAGCGCAGGAGAGCAUCGUCAAGGGCAACGAGCACGUAGCCUCCGGGGCCAUCACCCUGGAGCUUGCUUCCCAUCCGGUUAAAGAGUUUGACAGGUACUUCCAAAGUCUCAGCCCUUACAACAACAGACGCAACCCCUGGUUCAAGGACUUCUGGGAGCAAAAAUUCCAGUGCAACCUGCAGAACCGGAAACCGCAUAAAAAGGCCUGUGAAAAGCACUUCACCAUCAACAGUUCCAACUAUGAGCAAGAAUCCAAGAUCAUGUUUGUCGUGAAUGCUGUGUAUGCAAUGGCUCAUGCCUUGCAUAAAAUGCAGAGGACUCUCUGCCCAAACACCACCAAACUCUGUGAUGCCAUGAAGCAUCUGGAUGGCAGGAAGCUGUACAAAGACUAUCUCCUGAAAGUAAACUUUACAGCUCCAUUCAACCCUCCCAAUGACCCAGACAGUAUGGUCAAAUUUGAUGCCUAUGGAGAUGGGAUAGGACGAUACAACGUGUUCAAUUUCCAGUUCACUGGAGACAGAUACUCCUAUGUGAAGGUUGGUCAGUGGGCAGAGACUUUGUCACUGGAGGUAGACUCUAUCCACUGGUCCAGGAGCUCUGUCCCUGUCUCCCAGUGCAGCGACCCCUGCGCUCCUAAUGAGAUGAAGAAUAUGCAACCAGGAGAUGUCUGCUGUUGGAUUUGUAUUCCCUGUGAAACUUAUGAGUACCUGGCUGAUGAAUUCACUUGUGCAGACUGUGGGCCUGGAAAAUGGCCCACAGCUGACCUGACUGGCUGCUAUGACCUACCAGAAGACUACAUCAAGUGGGAAGAUGCUUGGGCAAUAGGUCCUGUUACCAUCGCAUGCCUGGGCUUUAUUUGUACUUUCAUGGUCAUUGGAGUGUUCAUCAAGCACAACAACACCCCCCUGGUCAAAGCCUCUGGCCGUGAACUGUGCUACAUAUUGCUCUUUGGGGUCUUCCUGUCCUACAGCAUGACUUUCUUCUUCAUAGCCAAGCCUUCUCCCGCCAUCUGCACCCUCCGCCGUUUGGGGCUGGGGAGCUCCUUCGCCGUCUGCUACUCUGCCCUCCUGACAAAAACAAACUGCAUUGCCAGGAUAUUUGAUGGCGUAAAGAACGGCGCUCAGAGGCCCAAAUUCAUCAGCCCCAGCUCUCAGGUGUUCAUCUGCCUGAGCCUCAUUUUGGUCCAGGUGGUGGUGGUGUCCGUGUGGCUCAUCUUGGAGGCGCCGGGCACGCGGCGAUACACGCUUCCCGAGAAGAGAGAGACGGUCAUCCUGAAAUGCAAUGUCAAAGAUUCCAGUAUGUUAAUGUCCUUAACAUAUGAUGUCAUCCUCGUGGUUUUAUGCACUGUCUAUGCCUUCAAAACCAGGAAGUGUCCAGAGAACUUCAACGAAGCCAAGUUUAUCGGUUUCACAAUGUACACAACGUGCAUCAUUUGGCUGGCCUUUCUCCCUAUAUUUUAUGUGACAUCCAGUGACUACAGAGUGCAAACCACCACCAUGUGCAUCUCUGUGAGUCUCAGUGGCUUUGUUGUGCUGGGCUGCUUGUUUGCACCCAAGGUGCACAUCAUCCUUUUCCAGCCCCAGAAGAACGUGGUCACCCACAGACUCCACCUCAACAGGUUCAGCGUCAGUGGGACCGGGACCACCUACUCGCAGUCAUCUGCCAGUAUGUACGUGCCAACCGUGUGCAACGGGAGGGAAGUUCUGGACUCCACCACUUCGUCUCUGUGAUUGUGGCUCGUGGUUCAGUUCUUGAGUUUUUAGACUGUUAGGCAAAAUUUUGCACAUGUUGUGCACUCCAGAGAACACCAGAAAACAAAAGACAUCCAAGCGAAAUUAGUACCUUUUUUUAGAAACAGUGUAAUAAAUUAUUUUUGAGGAUUGUACAGUAUAUAGUGACGUUCUGGAACUUUUUAGACUGAUUUUAGCCUUUCUGUUGUUAACAGUUGUAAGGGACAUGUAAAUAACCAUGGUUCACAAUGUGCAUAGUCCUGCAGUAAGGGAGUGAUUGUUGCAAGCACAGUUGCAAUGUUUAGGUGACUUCUUUCCUACGGAUUUUUUUUGUAGCUCCUUGUUGUAAUUAACUUAGACUGCAUUUCUAUGUUGUAUAUUACAGUUACCUUACGUGUAACAGAUUGGUUUUCUCAGCACAAAACAGCAGUAUUAAUGUAAAGGCACCAAUAAUAAAAAGGUAAAAGUUUUUCAGCAUGGUUUCAUUUUUGUUUCUUACUCUCUCAAGGUCAUUGCACUUUUCUAGAGAGGAGGUUAGGUAAAAAGGAUAAAAAGUCUGGAGUGUGUGUACACAGGUAUUUGUGUGUGAGUCGGUGCUGUGCUAUAAAAUCCAUAUCACAAUAUAUGUGCUUAUGAUUAAUGCUUUUUCAAGGUCACACAGAAAUUCCCACUUCUUAAAAAAACCUCCCACAUUAUUAAAGUAUCUCAAUUUCUCCUUCUGUUUUUAAACUACAGGGUAAUUUUCAAAAGUGAAAAUGUCUAAUUUCAUUUUAAUGAGACAUAAGCAAAAAAUUUUUGACUCCUGGUUCACACAUUUGGCACAACUAAAUGCUGUCAUGCACACAAUAGAUUGGUAGCAUAUAAAGACAAAGAGAAUUUAGAUUAGGUUGGAAGAAAAUCUGUCAGAAAAUUAGCUAAGACUGUCUAAUAUCUCCAGCCAAAACAAAGCUGGUUCAGCUUGUGUGCAUCAACAGUGCUGAAAAAGGUAAUUGGAGCACCACAGAGACCAGAAAGUCAAAAAAGAGAAAUGCAGGAGACAUUUACACACAUCUCUGGGGCGACCUUUGCGUUCCAACCAAAUGCUUCAAGACAGACAUACCACCUACUUAGACAAUUGUAAAAUAUCUUAAAAGUCUGGCUUUUGAAACUGCACUCUUAAAGCUGCCCUCACUCUAUUGCAACAAUCUGAAAUCCUCUCUUCUGCCAGGUCCAAAAAGACAUUAAGGAAACAAACACACCUUUGAUUAAUGUGUCUGAGCAUAUUUACCUAAGGGCUUGUUCCCAUUGAUCUCAUUCCAGCUGAGGUCAAUAGCAAAAUUCUCACUGACUUCAAAGGCAGCACCAGCGAGGCUUGAAAGUCAGCCACUAUGGAUACAUAGUGUGGGAUGUACAUGUUCUCUGGAGCCCAAUUCUCCUGCACUCACAGAUGUUUUCACACAUUUCUGGAAAGCUCUAAGUCCUUUAGGGCUGAACUGGCAAAAGGAAGCAGCUGUUAUUUGGAAUGCAAAAAUUAAAGAUGCAGGUUCUUAAAAUUACUAUCAUAGAUGGAUGAUUGUAUUUUCUAAACAUUCCCAUGUCCACCAGCAAAGACCUCUUUGUCUUUGCUGGUGGACAUGGAUGUCAAAGCUUCCAUGACAGAGGCAGCCAUGUGAGCCUCUGCAUCAUGGAGCUGUCCAGAACAGGAAUCCCUGUGACUUUCCCCAGAACAGCCAUAGAUCAGCCUGCCCUACAUGCAGAGCUGUGCAUUAAGUUUCCUCCUCUCCACAACUUUUGGCAUGCCUGAUGUUUCACACUUGUUUCCCAUCUUGAUGCAGAGCCCAGGGUUAAUUUUUGACAGGCUGGGAGUCUUCUUUUCCAAAUCUUAAAGCACCUUAGGUUGGGCAGCUACAUUCAUUUGACUUUGGUGUGCUCUUUUGUGGACUAAGAGGCUGAUCACAGUGUGACAUAAGGUCAGAAUAUCUGACCAUAAUUCUAAUAUCUCGUCUUUAUGGAGCUCUUAAAAAUGCCUAGGCAAAUGAGAGUUUAUUCUCAAUUUUUAUGGGAAGCCACAAUCAGGGUCAAAUGUACCUCAUCUAACACUCAUUGUUUACAAGGACAAAGUAAAUAUCUACAUCUGAGAUCAUCAGCCCCUCUCCCUUUGUACUCAGUGGAAGGAAGCAGGCAUAAUUCCCCUGGCUUAUCCCAGGCAGACACUUCAGGCAGGGAUGAGACUCCAAAUAAAGGCAAGCACAGCUUGCUCAGAACACAGAGACUGCACUAAAAAUUAAGGCAGUGUAUCAGAUGAAUUCCAGCUCCAGAAUCAAAACUGACAUUACUGAAGUUAAUUUACAGCAGGUGAGGAUCUCACUGUGCUGGAGUUUUCAUUCAUUUUGAUAACACUAUUUAGAAAAUAUCCCAGUGCCUGUGUCUGAACACCUGCUGUAAAUACUUAGUUGGCUUGAGAGCCACUUGCAUGUGGGGUUUUCAUACAGAAAAACCCAACAACCAAAACAUGCAGAGCUCUGGACUUAUUCCAUCCCCCCUGAAUGCUCCUGACAUGCUUGUACUUUUUUUGGCUUUGUCUUAGAAACCUUUCACUACUUUCCAUUGGAUGUCCAUGGAUGCAGAUUUUUUGGUGCUGCCUGAUGAAGUAAUCCAGUUUCAAAACACAGCAGGACAGAAAAGGAAAAUGACAAAGCAGAGGUCAGAGCUUUCCACCCCAUACUAGCAUGAAAACCUUUUAAGAAAGGAAUUUUAAUUUUCUUUGCUCUUGUCUCACAUCUCUUAGUUCAUUUAUAACAGUUUAUAGGUUUUGUACCCAUUUAUGUAAAACUUGAGUUUAGAAUACAACCUGUUCUAGUCUAUUGCUCCCACCAUAUUUAAAGAUUUGAGCAAUUCACCUCAAAGCAGAGGAGGUCCUGUCAGAGCUCCUCCCAAGUACCCUGACUGUGAGCCUUGAGAGAAAUCACACUGCUCUGAGCCCUGCACACUCGGGAGUGAAAUGCUGAAAUCAGAGGAAAUGCCGUGGAUGAGAGCAAGGCUUAACCCAGCAUCAACAAUGUCUAACUGGAGGCUGAAGAAAACUUUAGGGUUUUUUAUUCAGAAGUCAUAAGUUCCAAGUACCUUGGAUCUCUAAAAAUCACAAUUGCAGAAAGGUUUGUGAAAAACUGAUCACUUUUUUUAUUUUACUAGCAGAACAGAAAAAUAAGACUCAAAAAGUUUAUUGCAGGCCAAUCUGAAACAAACAAGGUUUGUGGGGGUUUUGUCUUUGUUCAUGGGUUUGGCUGUGUUUUUUGGUGGUUUGGUUUGGUUUUUCUAGAAGAGUUGUUUGUUUUUAAAAUCUUUAAUAAAUUUUGAAAGCAAGGCCAAAGUCUACUGGUGUACUGUUUAAAACCAAAAUAUUUUAUUUUUUCUUCAAGCAAUUGUUUUCCUUAAUUAAUUGAACACAGCUGGUUUCACUCAUAGCCAAACCAAUUUAAAAAUAAAUUGUCUUUUCAAAUUUAAAAAUCAAAAGCUAUUUAACGUAUAUUAUGUCCUCCCAGAACGGAACAGAUUCCAAAAAUCUGGCACUGGGGGUGUCACUGCACACUGUGACACACACUGCACAUUCUAGGAUGAGCCUGGCUUCCUUUUAUUUCUAUUCCUCUCCCCUUCAUCUUACCAAAGCAGCACAGUUCAGAAGUCUUCAACAAGAAAUAAAAACAAGGGAUUCAGUGAAUGUAGCACACAAGGGGAAACAAUAAGAGAGAACAGCACCAAAGAUAAGCAGAACUUCACAGGAGUUCUCUUGAGGUUAUCACUGAGAAGAGAAGGCUCUGGGGACACCUCAUUGCAGUCUUCCAGUACCUAAGGGGGACCUAUAAAAAAGUUACUUUUUAUAUGGGCAGAUAGUGAUAGAACAAGAGGGAAUGGUUUUAAACCAAAACAGGAGAUAUUUAGAUUACAUGCUAGGAGAAAAUACUGUGAGGGUGGCAAGGGACUGGAAUAUACUUCCCAGAGAAGUUGUGGAAUAUUAUCUAGAAUAGCUCUUUAAGUCCUCCAUGCUUCAUGAUAUGGAACAACCAGCAGCACUCCUAGCUGAGGAGGAAAUGUGAUCCCCACUGGUGUGUCAGCAUGAAUUGUGGCUGCUUCUACACUUACACUGAAGCAUCUGUGUUGGGCACUGCUGGAGAAGAGUCAACAACCACUGGCUCCUAAAUGGUGACACCUGCUGCUAUCUGAUUAUAAUUAAGUACCUUGAUUUUACAGCUACUACUGGCUCUGGAAAGACAAAACCUGCAAACUUCCCUCUCUACUAUGAAAGAAUCCCAGAACCUAUUUUUCAAAAGCAAAUAGCCAAAUCCUUUCUUUGAACAGAGACUGCAGAAGCUACUCAGUAAUUUCCCAGUGUGGCUCUAAGACACGUAGUUUCCCCCAAACCUUAAUCAAUUGUAUUCUAUAUUACAAACACCAACUAACACAAUCAGAGCCAAGCCAAAACACAUUCUUUGUGCAUUUCCCCCCUAGCAAGCACUGUCACAGCUGAGACAAUGAUGUUCUGCUAAUUUGCCAAUAAUUUAUACAGACACCACUAAAAUGUGCUUAAUCCUCAAAGAGAUUCAGUUGCUUGACUCCAGAUUUCAAAGAAAAGCAUGCAAAUGCAGCAAUAAAAUGUAUUCUGUUUAAUCAAGUGAACACAUAACAGACUGAUUCACAUUGUUUUAUGGCAUCAAACAACAGUUUUCUAAAGUGAUUCCAUGUGGAAGAAAAGGAGGAGGUUGCUGUAAGUAUAUUUUGGCAGAGCACUAGAAGAGGUCACAGACAGCUGAUUUUUUAGUGAACUGUUAAAGACUUCCAAAAUUUGUCUCUUAUGGGAAAAUGGAAACUUCCCCUCUCUACAUCUUUAACAGAAAGAAAAGAAUAGCAGAAGUCAGCUCAAAUAUUUCAGAUUAUACUUGCUUAAUUGUUGGAAAAUGCAGUUUGCUUAUUUUAAGGUAAAUAAUGUCUACAGUAUUGGUUUGCAUCCCACUAUGUUAGCACUGCACCAGAUACACCAUCAGACUGCCUGGGAGAAUGUUCAACAACAUGAUGAUAAACCAUUUGGAAGCAGAGCUGAGAGGAGUCACACAGGAAAGUCUGUCACAGCUGUCAAAAAAAUCCAUUCCAUUUUAUUUGGAAAAUAUAAUGGAAAGAGAAGGGAACCAAAUGAAACCUGUGUGGUAUUAAGUCAAAUUAAAUAUAGUUCAUAAAAAUUAAGGCAUUUCUGCAUUACAGGGAUAUGGGUCCAGUGAUGAAAAAAGAAAUGGUGUUCUGGAGCAUGAACUGUAAUUAUGGCUGAGAAAACAUGGAAAGAGAAGGGAAAAAACUAAAAGAGAUGUAGACAAAUGCAAUUUGAUGGCAGUGAAAAGUCUACUCAUGACUGAAGACCUGCAAUAUUCAGAAAAGGCUGCAGUGCCACCAAACAUCUCAAGUCCAAAAUUUCAAAUAUAUUUUUACUUUAUUUUAUGAAUGUCCAUCAGAUAUAUAUCUUUGAUGCUACAACACACUAGUUGAAUAAAAAUCAACAACAUAAAAACCCUCAUCAUAAAAGAUCCAAGAAGUGAAAUCCCAAAGCCAUAACCAUUUACUCUGUGAGCAUAACAUCUUUGACAACCAUAUAUAAAUGACAUGACAACAAAUACAAUGUACAAUAAUAAGUGUGCAAUGGUACAAAAUAUACAAAAAGGAAUGUGUAUUUAAUAUACAUUCAACAUUACCCCAUAAAAAUCUUUGUUGGGAAAGUGAAGUGCCUUUUCAAGACCGACAGAAAAUGUACACCACUUCAGUUAAGAUGCCUGAAGGAUCUCCCAUCAAAAGAGCAAAGUGUGUGUUCUUUGACUGGAACUAUAAAAUAACAGAGCUGAAUUUUCCCUAAUGAAAAAAAAAAUCAAAACUUCAUAAAAUUUUUGUCCACAUCUAGAGUAUAAUAAAAUAUACUCCAGAAAAUUCUGUUUCUUCAGAAAAUUCAGUUUAAUUUACUUAAAAGUGGGCCCUCUUUUAGACCUAGCUCAGUCAUAUAAAAUCAAAAAUCUACAUUCCUUACAGUAAAAAGACUAUUUCUGCCCAUGUCUCUUUUCUGGUUUUGAUGCAUCCCACAAUUCACAUAAAUUUGUUGUAAUGGAAAUAUGAGUCUGACCAGAGGUCAAUACCAGAAUCAUUGCUCAUUUUCUCUGGCUCUAUACAAGUCUUGCAUAAUUUUACUCAAAUAUUUUUUGCCUAAGUUUCAGAUUCCUUUGAGUUUGACCUCAGAGGGAAUUUCAGGAAAUUAUUACUGUGGAUAUUAUGAAGAUCACAUGCUUGUAAUGUGGCUGAUUUUAUGGAAAAGUCCAUCUAGCCUCCAGCUACCAAAGCACCACUUGGUGCCUUUCCCCCAGAGCUGGUACUUGCACUGACACAGGAUGCAUUUGGACGCUGUGCAAAUACAUCACCCAUGCUCAGCUCUGCUGGACAUCCCUCAUCCAUCCAUCCAUCCAUCCAUCCAUCCAUCAUCCAUCCAUCCAUCCAUCCAUCCAUCCAUCCAUCCAUCCAUCCAUCCAUCCAUCCAUCCAUCCAUCCAUCCCCCCAUGAGCCCAGGAAUAAAGGAGGCUGAGUAUUUUCAACAAGCCUCCCAACUGACAAAGCUGAUCCCUGAUGCCCAAAAGUAGAGAUUUUUGCUGUACCUCCAGAGUCCAGGCUUUGCUGGUUCCCAGCCCUGGGAAAAGUGACAUUUCCACAGCCCAAGGGAGGACACUGAAUAUGCCAAAGACCUCUCUUGAAAGGACAAGCUCCCAUAGAGAGGGACAAGAGCAAUUUGCACUAUAGGUCCCACUUUACAUCUCUUUAUAGAGUUUGAACCUGUUACUGCCUACAAAUUCAUGGGCCCAGACCUACAAUUCACACAACAGCUGUUACCAAGUUUAAAUUUAAUAGCACUAGACUACUCCAACCCUGAUGGCCAUGACUUAGGCACCAGAAUGGGUUUAAUUUGCAGGUACAACACAAUUCCUCUUGCAUUAGAGGUCAACACAGACCAUCCAGACCUUCAAAGCAUUAAAAUCAAAAGUCUUUUCCAAAGUUCAAAACUCACCUGAGGCUCAUUCCGAGUACCAUUCACAAUUUUGAUUUCAAGAGAGACUCACAGUUAUGUCAGUAAACAACAACACACAACCUUUGCAGGAGGUUGCAGGCCUCUCUGAAAAUCAUUUCUUAGGAAUAUGCGCAGGAGUAAGAAGGAAACAAAGGGUACCUAGAAAUCAUAUGGCAUGCCUGAGUGUUGCCCAGGUGAAUGCAAAAUAUUUAUGUUAUUUGCAGUAUGUAUAUCUCUUCCUGAGUUGAAUUUCAUUCCCAGUAUGGAAUCCAAGCAUCUGCUUUCCUUUUUUUUUUUUUGGCAAGAUA